UAUGUCUCAGUUCUAGGUUAUUUAAAUGACUUGAAGCAUAUGAAAGAAUGAAUGAGGAUUUUGGGGCCUAGGACGAACAUACAUAUCGAAGGUCUCGAAACGACAUAGAAACUUCAGCUUAAUUAACUUGCAAUGUUAGCAUUGCGUUUGAUACUAUACGCUCAGUUUGAUAACCCGAGUUGAUGAGGAUAUAGAUACUGGAUGUUUCUGAGAUUUCAAAAUAUAAUUUUGUUGCUUAGCAAAGAAGCUUUGCACCUUUGCGUUAGACACAGAAGUUCAUGGUUGAGUUUUCAACUUGAAAUUUUUAGCCAUAGAGAUAGGAUGGAGUAGAGCGCUCCUUUUUUAAUCAAAAGAUGUUAUUUCCCCCUUUUUUCUACCCUUAGCUCUAAUGCCAUGGUGCUAGAUUAAUUGCUAGAACUAAGUUUCAACUGCCCUGUAGUUACCACGCGAUAUGCAGUUUUCUGACAGUUCAACAAAAGUUUGGAGACAAAAGUGGUUCACUCUCAGGCGCAAGUCCGGACUCAAACAACAUCGUUUGGAGUACCAUAAAAGUGAAGAUUCUUGCCUUCGCGGAAAACACACAACCAUUAUACCACUACAAACUUUAAUAGACGUUUCAAUAUCAACCUCAAAGACGCAUGAAAAUGUUUUUAGGCUCGCGUUUAGUGAUGGAAUUAAGUGGCUGUUUUUUGCUACCCACAAUGAGAGUGAAAUGAAAGAGUGGAUACGAAUCAUCCGAAAAUUGAUUGUACCAGAGCCAAGGGUCCUGCCUCCGUUGCAAGGAACAUGCCCUGAAGGUUUGUUCUCGGUUACAAUCGUUUGCACAGAAGAUUCAGAGAGCCUUUCAUUAGCUGGCGACUAUUUUCUCUCUGUUUCCCCUGAACAUUUAAAAUUAUAUAAAAAAGACGAAGUUCGAAAUUUGCGAAUUCAGUGGCAUUUGGAGGACAUUCCGAGGUUUAGGUUGCAAAGGCUGUGUCACUUACACGAUGGAGAAAAAAUAUUCAUAAUUAAUGUAGCAAGAACCAGUCAAAGCGGAAAAGGAGAAUUUCAUUUUCUUACUCAAAAUGGCCGUGAAAUCCUUGAGUGUGUCAAGUCCCACACAAAGAGGCUCCAUCAAGGCAGAGUUCAUGACGAUUCAGCUCGCUCCACUCCACUUGGGGUGCCUUCCUCUCUUUCAAGCUCGGCUAUCAUCGACAGUAGAUCACGCUCGUCCAGUAACAACAGCCAAUCCUUGAGUUUACGACCAGCUGACUCGGUCACAAGCAGAAGUAGCAAGUCAAGCUAGUUCAAAAUGCAGCGAAUGCGAGUUGAUUGCUGUCAAAGUUCGUUGGCAGUUCGUUGGCCUCAAAGAUUGGUCACAUGACUGUUCAUGCCGAACUGUUGUUUUAUGGUUUCCCAAAGGAAGAAAAAUAAUUUUUUAAAGAUUUAUCUUAAUUCCCUGAGGGUUGAUAAAUUGCUGGAAUUUGUGACCGAUGAGGUUGACAAACGCGAAUAAUGUAAGAAUUCGAUAUUUAAUUAGCAAUAAACGUAAAUUUACCCCCAAUGGGAGAAAAUAGUGCGUGUUGUUAUAAUUGAACGUAUAUGAAUAAAGGGUUGAAGUUUUAGAUAAGAAACUUUACACUGAAGGUUCAACACAAUUAAAAGAAUAUUCUAUAGUUGGGCCGGGCCUAAAAUUGUUCUCUGGGGUAAAAGGACCGUCCCGUCCGCAAACUAAAAUCCAUUUUCCUUAAAAAAUUCCUUUCUUCUCCAAUCAUAGCGUUAGUUAUUUUUUAGAGUGUUAACAAUUUGUGUAACACUGCAUGUUUUUAAGAGGUGGGGCUUCUAAACCACUCGAUUCUUGUGGGGCCGGCCCCGUAUCAACUUACAUGGUUUUUCUCCUUGUUUCUGAAAUUUUAGUUUAAAAAAACAAUUUCUCCCUUUUUGUUUUCCUUGAAAGGGGAAAGUUUUUUUGAUUCCAAUUCGAUAAAUAAAUUAAUUUGUGAAUUUUCGGCAAUCUUAUUCACACCGUCAGUUGGUAAAUUUUCAAAAAAGUGUUGUAAAAAUUGUCCAUGUAAAUAAGUUCUUUGGUUUUUGCUCUUUUACCAAGAUUAAGAUUGUUUUUUGUAACUGAUGUUACCAUUUUAGAGCAAUUUUUGUAAUUGCGUUUCGUUCCAUUGUUCAAGACACCCAUGGAAUAUCAUCCGUUUGAAACCCGGUUUAUAUUUUGUACAAAUUUACUUUUUAGAUUAGGGGUGGGGCUUUCAAAUUAUGGAUUUUACUGUGAAUAGCGUGACAAACUAAAAAAUUUUAAAAAAUCUAUAAAUACUGGAUAUUUUAAUGUCAUAUCGUUGGUCACUUGGU